CAGUAAUCCUCAUUUUUACAGGCUCACCAUCACCAAUUUUCAGAUCAUAUUUUAAAUUUUAUUUUUAUUUUUAUUUUUAUUUUUGCUCUUCCCAUUUUCAAUUGAACUUCAAAUUCUUCACUCCCCCAAUAAAACUCAAUUUUCAAUGGCAUUUUCGUAAAUAAUUGCAAUGGCGGCGGCAGCGACGGCGGCUUCCAAUGGGUUGAUGGUACCACUGGGAGGUAAGCUCAAAAGGGUCUAUGUUGGAAAUGGAUUUGUAGAGUUACAGAGGAAGAAAAGAAGGGUAUUUGGUGUGAAGUGUUGUUGUUCGGGUUCUGUAGUACCAAUUAGAGGGAUUAAUGGGUCAGGUAAGUGCAUCAAGAAAUGCGAUAACUGGAGAUUUGAUAGUAAGAAUAGUAGUCAUAGUUAUCGGGUUAAAGUGCAAGCUUCUUCUACUAUGCCCUUUGCAUCUCCAAAAUCCCGAUUUGUUUCAAAGCAAGAACAGUUCUUCCCACGCUGUACUCCAAGAAAUUCAGGUCCUCAGUCUCAUGACUCUCCACCAAAACGAGACACUGGUAUUGCUAACGAGAAAGAGUGGGGCAUUGAUAUGCUAAAUGAGAAUGUCAAUGAAUCUGGGACUAACGAAGAUGGUAGUACUUGGUAUCGAAAGAGUGGAGAAAACAUUGGUGAAAAUGGAUACCGAUGCCGAUGGACAAAAAUGGGUGGACGGAGCCACUGUGGCGCCUCAGAAUGGAAAGAAAUGUGGUGGGAAAAAAGUGACUGGACUGGUUACAAAGAAUUAGGCGUAGAAAAAUCUGGGAGAAAUGCUGAAGGAGAUUCAUGGUUGGAAACAUGGCAGGAAGUUCUUCAUCAAGAUGAGUGGAGCAAUCUAGCUAGGAUAGAGAGGAGUGCACAAAAACAAGCAAAAUCGGGUACGGAGAAUGCUGGGUGGUAUGAGAAUUGGUCAGAAAAGUAUGAUGCAAAGGGUUGGACAGAGAAAGGAGCUCACAAGUAUGGUAGACUAAAUGAGCAGUCGUGGUGGGAAAAAUGGGGAGAGCAAUAUGAUGGAGGAGGAUCGGUCCGUAAAUGGACAGAUAAGUGGGCAGAAAGUGAAUUGGGAACAAAAUGGGGAGAUAAAUGGGAGGAGAAAUUUUUUGGUGGCAUUGGUUCACGGCAAGGGGAGACAUGGCAUGCAUCACCCAGCAGCGAAAGGUGGUCAAGGACAUGGGGAGAGGAGCAUUUUGGAAAUGGCAAGGUGCACAAAUAUGGCAAGAGCACAACUGGUGAAAACUGGGACAUGUUUGUGGAUGAAAAAACGUAUUACGAGGCUGAGCCUCACUACGGAUGGGCAGACGUUGUUGGUGAUUCAAGCCAAUUGUUCUCUAUACAACCCCGAGAACAACCUCCUGGUGUGUAUCCAAAUAUUGAUUUUGGGUCAUCUGUGCCUCCAGACCUUCAACUAGAUGAUUUCUUCCCACCAAUCUAAGUUUUGGUGAGCAGAGUUACCAGAGUACGUUGGUUUGGUAUAGUCGCGACAUAUGUGCAAUUUGGCAUGAAUGCCAUCAUAAGUCUCAUUCAUCAAGAUUGAUUCUCAAGAUAGCUAGCUAGUUUACAAUUUUUUCGGAAAUUUAGUUGUAAUCUUUUGCUAGUUGCUACUAUUCGUUUAUUUCAUUCUUUCAGCAUCGUUGCAUUUGCACUUGUUUUGUAUGUUUGACAUGUUCAAUAAAUGAACGUAAACAAAUCUAAUGACUAUGGUAUAUUAAAUUUA